UGGCUAUAUAUAGAAAUAUUCAUAUACUAGUUCUCAACAUGUCUAAGUAGAAAAUGAAGGUUUCACUAAAGCGAUCAGGCGGAUUUUGAUUCUUAUUAAUAUUUUCCAGGAUCUAAGUGAGCAUCUGGAUUGAAUAGAUGAGCCAUGUCUAUAAUCCGCCCUUACAAAGGGUCAAGGGUGAUACGGGGCCAAGACUGGGCCUAUGGGAACCAGGAUGGCGGUAUUGGGCACAUCGGGACUGUGGUAGAAACUGACCCAGAGUCUCAGGUGUGCUCCGUCUUGUGGGACUAUGGGAUCCUGAUGGAGAACUGUCGGGCCGGGGACGAGGGAAUAGAUUUACGUGUCGUUGACACAGAAUCCUCAGACUUUGAGUACAACUUGCAACAUGCCAAUUGUGACACGUGUGUGACGGUAGGCCCGGAGACCAAAAGCAUCAGUGGCUAUCGUUGGAAGUGUGUCGAGUGUACGGACUUUGACAUGUGUAACUUGUGCUACAUGCAGGGAAAACACGACACGGCGCACCACUUCAUGAGAUACGACAACAAACUGGCUACUGUAGUACCAGUGCCUCCCAGGAAAAGGAGCAGAAGACUUAAAGUUUACAGUGUAAUGUCUGGCGCUCAGGUCAAAAGGUCACGGCGAAAAGGAACUGAUUCAGAAAUAGGAGUCAUAAAGACUGUAACCAAAAUUGUUCAGAACCAAGAAAUUGUGGUUGAAUGGAAAUCAGGGGAGACAACUACACACCUGUCUGGACCUAAUUGUAAAUUUGAUCUCGUAUCUGCCCAUCCUACAGUCACUGUCUACAUUGACCAUCUCCCUCAAGCAGAUUUCAACAAGAUCCCAGAUACCUGGAUCAACGUAGGUGACACUGUGAUGAUCGACCUAAAUAUUGACACAUUUAAAUGUCUACAGAAGGAAUAUGGAGGAUGGAACGAAACCAUGGAAAAGAUUAUGGGAGAGUUAGGUACUGUAAAUGAAGUGAAUACAUUGAAGUUCAAGGUGUAUUACCCUGUGGCAGAACGCACAUGGCAUGUCUGCAGCAAUGCUUGUAUCAAGAUUUCCAUAGCUGAGGCGGGAGACAAGGUGAAAGUCCUGGAGAACCAGGCCAUGGUGCAGGAACGUCAGAACAGACAUGGUGGCUGGCGGGAGACCAUGAAGGACAUUAUCGGUAAGGUUGGUGAGGUGGAAAGAGUGGACAGUUCCGGGGAUCUGACGGUGACCUUCACCUCAGGGAUUCAUCUCCUUAACCCCUCCUGUUGUAUCAAGGUCAUGACCUCCAGUCAGCUCCCUAAGAAGGCAUCAGACACGGAUGCGGAGCCAAAACAUACUAGAAAAGUAGACGAAAAGAGUGCAGACAUGUCAAACAUGCAAACAAAGACACAGACAGAAGAAAUAAAGGAAAAAGAAAGAGGAGAGAUAUUGAAUGAGGUGAAGGAAGAAAGUACCCAGAGAACAGAUACAGACAAAACUCACAUCAUUGUGGUUGGUGAACGGGAACAAGACACAGACAGCAACAAAGAGAGCCUAGAGGAUGAGGAUGAGGAUGAUGAUGAGGAUGAUGGUGUAGACUUUCUACAGUGGCUUAUCAACACAGAGUAUGAGGAAAUGAUGGACCCUGGUGUACGUGUUGUUAGGGGGAAGGACUGGAAGUGGGGAGAGCAGGAUGGAGGCGAGGGUAAUGUUGGUACAGUAAUUGACGUGGGGACCCAGGAGGACGGUAGCUGUCCACAAAGGUGUGCUAUUGUACAGUGGGACUCUGGAUACAGAAACACCUACAGGGCUGGCUUUGAAGAUUCAUUUGACCUAAGAAUUUUUGACACUGCUACUAUAGGUAUCCGUCAUCCCUCUGUUGUAUGCAGUGUUUGUGAGGAGUCUGACUUGAUGGGAUUCAUUUGGAGGUGUGAGUCUAACCCAGACAUCAUCCUGUGUAACACUUGUUACCAUGGUGACAAAAAUGAUGUGAAGCUACACUUCCUGAGAAUCAACAAGCCAGGAGAUGCAGGAGUCCGCGCCAACAAACGUGAGAUGUCCAAGAAAGUCACAGCUAAAGGAGUGUUUGAAGGAGCAAGAGUGUCUCGAGGACCUGACUGGAUGUGGGAGGAUCAGGACGGAAAUGGGAAUGGCAUCGUGAUUGCAGUGGUCAACUUCAGCCUGGAUACUGAUCGAGAUGCUGUUGAGGUUACCUGGGACAUUGGUCCGAGCAAUGUUUAUCGUCAUGGUUACGAUGGGAAGCUGGACUUAAAAUGUAUCAAAGUUGUCCCCGGUGGCACAUACUACAGGGACCAGCUCCCUGACCUCAAGAUCAAUCUGAAUACCACACCUGCUGCACCCACAGCGAGUGUCAGUGAGGCGGGGUCUGAACGGCUGAUAGCUGGGGAUGCUGUGAGGAUCGGUGUGGAUCCUGAGGUUUUACAGGCCAUCCACAAGUCAGCACAAGGCAUGUGGAAUGAUUCCAUGAUUGAUUGUAUUGGUAAGAUUGGUGAAGUGGUGGUCCAGUCAGGAGAGGAUGUGACAGUCAAGUUUGACAUCGGCAGCUGGACGUUUAAGGAGAUGGCUCUGGACAAGGUGAAGCAGCUGAAGAAAGGUGAGAUAGUGAGAGUGAGGGACAACGAACAGGAAGUCAAGGAGCUUCAGAAUGGACACGGCAACUGGGACAGUCAGAUACAAAAAACACUUGGAAAGAAGGGCAAAGUCCAUUCCAUAGAUCGCUAUGGUGACGUCACCUUGACUUUUGGAUCAGUGAGGUUGCAGUUCAACCCAGCAGUCCUGGACCCAGCUGAUGGAGAGCCAGACACACUGUCUGAUGAGAAGCCACCAAAGGCCAGGGAUGGAGAUCCAAACACACUGUCUGAUGAGAAGCCACCAAAGGCCAGGGACAUCCCGGUCUCCAGCGUGAAACUUCCAUCCCAGUCUCCAGUCGCUGCAGAAAAGACAACCCCUGUUACACAUCAAGAUACAAAGUCUACGGCCCAACUUCUGGCUGAGCUGGAGGAGGUCGUCAGGGAUGGGUACGCGGACCGUGUAAAAACCAUGCUGGAGGAACAUAUACACCUGAGAGACAUGGGAAAACCACCUUUGAUUAUCACAGCGUGUGAGCUGGGUCACACCGAUGUUGUCAAGGAGCUAGUCAACGCCAACUGCAACCUGGAGGUUAGGAACGACAAGGAUAGCUCCAAGAGUGAUCCACUGUUGACGGCUGUCAGAAAGAAGUACCCAGAUGUGGUGGAGGUCCUCCUAAAUGCAGGAGUAAAGAAAACUGUGACCAACAGUCACGGCCAGACAGCUGUACAUAUUGCAGUCCAGGAGCGUGACAUAAAGAUGUUGACACUCCUACAAAAGCACAAACUGGACAUCAAUAGGAAGGACAACCUUGGUGACAGUGCCAUCACUGAUGCCAUAUCUACGGGGGACAAGCGAUUUAUUGACAUAGUGGUUGACUGGCAGGGUGUACAACUCAACUACUUCAACCGACUCAGCUUUUCCCCACUACACUUUGCUGCUCGCAAGGGAGACAACUAUGCAAUACGGAAAAUUCUGCAGAAGGACCCAGGAUUGGUAAACAUUCCAAAGUCUGACGGCUUCACAGCCCUCCACCUGGCUGCCUGCCAGGACCAUGUGGGCAUUGUGCAGUUUCUUGUGGGCAUGCCCUCUGUGGACCGUGAGGCUAAGACCAGCAAGGGCUUGACCCCACUUCAUGUGGCCGCUCUCCAUGGAAGUGUGAAAACAAUCAACCUUUUCCUCGGACUCGAGGAUGGUACUGAACCUAUUUCGUCCACACAACCCGUAGUAGACCUGGACAGCUUGGAUGAUAAGGGGAAUAAUGCCCUUCACUUCUGUCUUCGAGGAGAGGACGCUGACGUCCAACAGCAGUCGUUGCCCUCGGAGGAGACUGUUCAGAGGCAGAUUGAGAUUGCCUUGAAACUGAUCCAUCGCGGAGUCAAGUAUAACACACGCAACCUGGAUGGGAAGGCACCACUUGAUGAAUGUACGAAUGAACUUGUGAAAGAACGUAUCCGCACAGCUCUACAGGAAAAGGAUGUUAGACACAAAGUACAGCCUGUAGCGCCCCCCUCUAAUCUCUGUAUGUCAUGUGAUGAGGACCAGGCCAGUUACCAGUUGGAACCCUGCUACUGUAAGAUCUGUGUAGAGUGUGGUGGUCGCAAGGCCAAGAAAUGUCCAAACUGUUCCUGCGAGGUCCAAACCCGCGUCAAGCUGUAAAGUUGGACUUGGACAUUCUUCUAAAACUUGCAACAAGUGCUGUUAAUAUUAACCAACUUUAGCUAUAUUUCCUUAGAAACCUUGUACCAGUGGAGUUACUUGAAGUCAGCCUCAGACAUAUAUACUUCCUUAAACUUGCGACAAGUGUUGUUAAUAUUAACCAACUCUUAACUAUAUUUCCUUAGAUGCCUUUAUUGGUGGAGUUAUAUUAAGCUUUAAGCCAGCUUCAGACAUACUUCCUUCACUUU